UAAUUAAAAAAAUUUCAGCUUUCAAUUUUUUUUUCCUUUCUAGAAUCCAAAAUCUACUUUAUUAACACGUUUAUCCCUACGCGUUUAUCAAAAAUCAUCAAAGUCCACCCACAAAUUUUCCUUUGCCAUUAAUUAAACUCCCUCUUUGUUCCCAGAUUUUCAGUUUCUUUCCCAAACAUUUCUGGGUUUUUGGUUGUUUCUUUCCUCUGUUUUCGUUUUGCCCAGUAUCGACGUGACUUGUACCCUACUCUAACUUAGAAAAGAUGGGUCUUUUGGGAUGACAUGGAAUUGUUCAAAAGGAUUCAAAGAUAAAGCUUUGAUUGUUAUAGACUCGUCUAGUCCAAAUUCUUCAACUUUGGGGUAUUUGGUGGAUUGGAUAUUGAGAAUUCUUCGAAUUCUUUGAUGGGGAAAAUAAGAGUUACAAGGGUUUCUUUUUUUGUUCGUUUCAGUUAGUUUUUAGAUGGUGAAUUAAGGGUUGUUAAAGUAGGUUCUUUGUUGUUAUAUAUCGUGGUUGUGUACAUAUAUUAGAAACAUUCUAACAUGGGUUGCAUGAAUUCCAAGUCCGCGGCUGUCGAAGAUAGCCGCGAGAGCCACCGAGAGAGGCUGAGGCCAAAAGGGUCAUCGGAAAAGCUUGUUCCUCGAGCCAAUUCGUCGAGAAGAGAGAUCGUUGGAUCCAAGGGUAAAUACGAAGGCGGUGAUGUGAAAGUGUUGUUGAUUGAUAAGAAAACCAGUGGUUCCAAUCGUUAUUGUUAUAAUGAUCAGGCUGAGAAGGAGAGGAUUAUUGAUAAAUUUGAAGUGAUCGACACAAUUGAUAAGGUCGAAAACUUCGAUAUCUCAACGAUUUCUGCUCAUCAUCAUCAUCCUGGUUCAGGAAGGGUGUUGAAUGGCAUAAAAGCAGAGCAGGUUGCAGCCGGUUGGCCGUAUUGGCUUGUUGCCGUGGCCAGUGAAGCUAUCAAGGGAUGGAUUCCCAGAAGGGCCAACACCUUUGAGAAGUUGGAUAAAAUUGGCCAAGGAACUUAUAGUAGUGUGUACAAGGCACGCGACGUGAUUCAUAAUAAAUUCGUGGCGCUGAAAAAAGUGCGGUUUUAUAAUCACGACCCCGAGAGUGUGAAGUUUAUGGCAAGGGAGAUUAAUCUUUUACGAAGACUCGAUCAUCCGAAUGUUAUUAAAUUGGAAGGGUUGAUCACAUCCCCAAUGUCAUGCAGCUUAUACCUUGUGUUCGAGUAUAUGGAACAUGAUCUUGUUGGACUUGCAUCGCUUCCUGGAAUCAAGUUUUCCGAGCCACAGAUUAAAUGCUAUAUGCAGCAACUUCUAAUUGGACUUGACCAUUGUCACAGCCAUGGUGUCCUCCAUCGUGACAUUAAGGGUUCGAAUCUUCUCAUUGACAGCAGUGGGAUCUUAAAGAUUGCAGAUUUCGGUUUAGCAUGUCAUUUUGAUCAUCGUGAAAGUGUUCCGAUGACAAGCCGUGUAGUGACUCUUUGGUAUCGACCGCCGGAACUUUUGUUAGGAGCUUCUUAUUACGGGGUUGCAAUAGAUUUAUGGAGUGCUGGUUGCAUACUUGGAGAACUAUAUUCUGGCAAACCUAUUUUGCCUGGGAAAACAGAGGUUGAGCAAUUACACAAGAUUUUUAAGCUAUGUGGCUCACCAUCUGAGGAAUACUGGCGAAGAGCAAAAUUACCUCAUUCAACGGUGUUCAAGCCUCUCCAUCCAUAUAGACGAUGUGUUGCUGAGGCAUUUAAAGACUUCCCGUCUCCUGCUGUAGGUCUCGUGGACACCUUGCUUUCGAUCGAUCCUGUUCAUCGAAAAACUGCAGUGUUUGCUCUCGAGAGUGAGUUCUUUACAACACAACCUUUUGCAUGUGAUCCUUCAAGCUUACCCAAAUAUCCUCCUAGCAAGGAGAUUGAUGCUAAGUUGCGGGACGAAGAAGCUAGAAGGCAAAGAGCAGUUGGGAGCAGGUCAAAGGUUGACAUGGAACGGAUGGGGCAGAAGGAACCGAUUUCUACAUCAUCGUCCAUUUCUAAUGCCGAGCUUACUACGUCGUUGCAGAGAAGACAACCACAUCCUAGUUUGAAGAGCAGGUGUCAGAUGUCAAAUUCUCGUAACUCUGAUGGAUUUUCUGGUUUCUUGAUUGAUCCCCCUAAGCAAACAUCUGCUGCAAAAGAAAACGGUAGAGAUUUCUCGGAGUAUUAUAGGAAGAAAGUUUCACAUUCAGGUCCGUUGGUCUAUGGUGCUGCAUUUGGGAUGUCUGGGAAGGAACCCGAUGACUUUACUAGGCUGUCAUCCAGAGCUAACUUAUCGAAGUUAUCGGAUUUAGUAGCGACUAGAACAUUGGCUCUCGAGGGUCACAGAGACAAAUCCGGACCUUUGACUCUAGAAGCAGUGAACCAAGUAGGCAGGUCUCGCAGAUCAUUUAAUGAAUUAGAGCAUGCAGGAAAACACGAUAUCAGACGCCAUAUACUGAAAACUGCAGAAUCCCCACAGACAGGAGGUGGAAGACCCUGCAUCAAGGAACCAACGCACGGUCGUGUUCCAAGGGGACAGAAAAUCUACGUCUCGGGUCCAUUACUCGCUCCAUCCGAGAAUGUCGAUCAGUUGCUUAAAGAGCAUGACCGUAAGAUCCAAGAAUUUGCUCGAAGAGCAAGACUUGACAAGACAAAACCUGGGAAACUACAAGCUCAAUGACAGAAAAUUCAUUGUUUGUCACUGCACGCAAAGCCGGAUAGAUGUUCUCUACUCUUUUCUUUUUCGAUCUUAGUGACGAAGCUGAUUAGAAGCUGGAAAAUCAGGUAAUCUAAUACCAAGAAAUAAUUAGAUUACAGGAUUUACCAUGGGGCUUUUAGUACUUGAAACAAAAGAUGUAGUCAAUCUCCUUUUGAUCCGGUUAGCUAGAAAUGUCUUUUGUAGGCGAUUGCUACUGCUUUUAUACAUCAAUAAUAGGAUGACUUAGAAGAAUUACACUUUUGAAACUGUUUCUUGGUGUGCCAUUGUUGCAUCUUCAUCGUGUGUUGGCUUGCACCCGUUCACUCGAUUUGUUGUUGGGGCGUUUGACGUAAAAUCGAACAGUUCGGACCGACUUUUAUAUCACU